AUGAAUUCCCUCCAGACUGUGUUUCUCCUGGUGUGCCUGUCGUGUGCCCAGUCUUUGGACUACAGGGCACUGAACCAGUUCAGAGACAUGAUCAUAUGUACAAUGCCUGACAGCUGGCCUCUUCUGGACUAUGCCGACUAUGGCUGCUAUUGUGGGAUGGGAGGAUCCGGCACUCCUGUGGACGAGCUGGACAGAUGCUGUGAAGUUCAUGAUCAGUGCUACACUGAUGCCAUGCAGCAUUCUGAAUGCUGGCCCAUUCUGGACAACCCUUACACCGAGUUUUACGACUUUCGCUGCGAUGAGCCCAACAGGGCCAUCACGUGUGGGAGCGGCAACGACGAGUGCGAGAUGUUCAUCUGCGAGUGUGACAGGAAGGCUGCCGAGUGUUUUGCCAGAUCACCGUGGAACCCUGAGAACGAGCAUCUCCCCAGUGACCGGUGCAACUGA